AUGCCUUACGAGAGCUUCAAGAGUUCACAGCACGUGUCCAUCCGUGGUCUUGUGCAGGACCGUAAAACUGGCACGUGGAGGUACCUGCUCCAUGUCACGCGUCAUAUGCAGGAUGACACGUUUGGUGCGUCCGUGCACGCCCGCUGCCCAAAAAAGAGCGAGGACACUUCGAAAGUAGCUGCAAGACCUUGUACGACGCAGUCGUACGCGAUCCGCCGCAGUUUUGAGGAAUUCAAGCGACUUCAUGAAGCUCUGGCACCGCUCAUGACCAAAGGUGGCAAGUCCCAACUGCCCAAGAUGCCGUACGACAGUCUACUCACAUUUUUCGUGGGGGAGACUCAGACGGCUCUACAGAAAAAGAGACUCGCGCUCGAGCGUGUCCUGGCUGCAAUUGAAACUCACCCGGCGGCAAGUGACGCCCCCGAGUACAUGGAGUUCUUGGCCAAUCUCAACUCGUACGAUGAGGUGUCCAAGGCCCCACUGUCGCCCAGCAUAAGCUCCCGUAGCAGCUUUAGCUAUAGUGAAGACAGUAUGAUCACGCCACGCGAUUUCGUGAAUUCCAACGUGUUGACUACGUCACGAUCCGCUAAUGCUCUGCGACGAGCUUAUUACCAGGAUGAUGCCGCGGUGGAGCACGAAAACCAUGUAGCGUUUUCUCAUUUUAGUAUGACUUGA